GUGAGACAUAUUCCAAGAACUACGCAUUGAACAUCAACUGCCAUGCGCCGGGAGAGACCCGGGCUACAUUGGAGGAGCGGCUGACAAACUACGAUGAACUGAGCAAGGGCAGCUUCUCCGUCCAGGAGAUGGACAACUUGAUCCAUGACGUGCGCGCCACCUCGCCGGCAGGUCGUGCCUUACACACGCAGAAAGAAAUUUGCCAACAAGCAUCGAAAAGUGGCCACGACGACUGCUUGUCGUCGCUGAAUGUCCUGAGGAUCAUGAUAAAUAACAUCGAUCAAGACUCCAUGCUCACGCUUUGCGAGAGUAAGGGUCUGAUCUGCAAAAGGAAAUCGACCGCUCUCGUCUGCAUCCGGAAGUGCUCCACUCCCUACGAUCUCGAAGCACUGGCGCUGAAGAUCCUCGUGGCGGCCGGGGGAGGUGCCGCUGACAAAGCCAGCUCCUCUGACCCCUUCGGCACCUGCACAAGCAACCUCGACUGCUGGUUGGAGAACACCGAGUGCCUCGGGGACGAUGAAGAGCGGUACUGUCAGUGCAAGGACCCUGCUUCAGAUUGGUGCAGAAUGCGUCCAACCCCACCGACAAGUCCGACUUGA